AUGGGCAAUGUUCCUUCAGACAAGACACCCGACGGGACAGCCCCGGUAUCAGAACAGGCCUCUCCUGCUUCAGCGCGACCCAAUGUCAGACACCAUUCCAGCUUCGCAGAAACUCGAUAUGGAACCACCUCUUCUCCCUUAAAUAUGGGGAUGGGAUACCCCCUCCCAAGCCAUCAUUUGCAAGGCUCCCCAUAUGACCACCAGUCAAUGCAUCAGUAUCCGGCAGCCGGGCAAGGCAUGAUGUAUCCUAUGCCAAUGCCUCCGUAUGGACACAACCCCGGCAUGGUCUACGGAAUGCCUUACCCAGCUUAUCCGCCCUAUGCGAUCCCUCAACAUGGAACCCAUUACCAGCCACCUGGAACACAAAUGCAUAACCUCAGUCCCGGGCAAGUAUCUUCAUAUGGCUCAGGCUAUUACCCUCACUCGCCAUACAGUUCCCCUUAUGGACAUGGAGUGUCUGCUAGUCAAAUGCCCCAGGCUGGGUCUCCAGUCCGCACUAACACGAAUUCACCAUCUAAACCGGGAUCUUUGCGCAAAGAGGAUAAACGGAUGUCGGAAUUAGACUACGACGUCUCAAAGACCAUCGUGGAUGGAUCGAAUCCUAUGAAAUUAGUGCAACCGCAACCUCUCCCCUCUGACAAUAGUUCCCCUUCGCAAUCAGCCCCGACCGCCCCGAGUACCCCACGAGGACCACCCCGAAAGCCAAAGCAAUCCGGUCACGCGCUCUGGGUCGGAAAUCUUCCCCCAGGAACCAAUGUCGUGGAUCUCAAAGAUCACUUUUCACAAGAGGCAACAAACGACAUUGAAAGUGUUUUCCUCAUAUCCAAAAGUAACUGUGCGUUUGUGAAUUACAAGUCGGCUACCGCUUGUGUUGCAGCGUUGGCGAGAUUUCAUGACUCCCGAUUCCAGGGUGUGCGUGUUGUCUGUCGACUGCGAACGGGCUUCACUGCUCCAGGGUCCGGAUCUGUAGGUGCAGGUCCCGUGGCGAAUGCUCCUCAGUCACGACUGGAGGAUAUUGCUACGGGCACCGCUACUACUACAGCUACGGACGAGGAACAUUCAAUUGCCCCAGAGCUCAGCUCGCCAGCGCCCGCUACGGGGAACUACCCACCCCCGGCCCGACUAGUAGAUCGGUACUUUAUUGUCAAAAGCUUGACGGUGGAGGAUCUCGAGCUGAGCAAGCAAAGCGGCAUUUGGGCUACACAGUCGCACAAUGAGGCGGCGAUGAAUCAGGCUUUUGAGACCACCGACUACGUCUAUUUGAUCUUCUCCGCCAACAAAUCGGGCGAGUAUUUUGGAUACGCGCGUAUGAUGUCACCAAUCAGCGAUGACGAAGAACUCGCCUUGGAAAUGCCAUCUCGGCCCGAACCCCCGCCUGGGCCCGACGAGCUCGACGUGACCCUGACAGCGGCAACUUCGACCGCACCUCAAGGCCGAAUCAUCGAUGAUUCGGUGCGGGGUACCAUCUUCUGGGAGGUUGAGUCGUCGGAAGAUGAGAACGACGCCGCCAGCGAGAAGAGUGUGGAGAAGGUCAUCGAGCCCGAGGAUCCGGAAGAAGGCCAAACAUUUGGUAAACCGUUCCGCAUUCAAUGGAUCUCAACAGAGCGAGUGCCCUUUCAGCGCACUCGUGGUCUUCGUAACCCUUGGAAUGCGAAUCGGGAAAUCAAAAUCGCUCGUGAUGGUACUGAAAUCGAGCCAACGAUUGGCCGUAAGCUGAUUCAAUUGUUUCACUUGCCUUGA